AGAGGGUGGAGUUCGCAGGAAUAGUUUGGUUUUACGCACCAGACACACAUGCUUUAGUCAGUGGAAAGUCGUCACUUUCAGCUCGCAGGAGUCCACGGAGGAUUUUUAACUGUCUGUCAUAUUAUACACCAGAGCAGCACGAGCUCACAAACUGCUCCGAUCCUGCAGAGAGAGAGAGAGAGAGAGAGUCUUCUGAGAGCAUCUCCAGAGGCAGCUGAUGCGCAAAGAGAGAGUUCAGCCAAAGACAGAAACCAUGAGUGACCAGUUUGACUGCAAAAACUGCAACGAGUCCCUGUGCGGACGCAAAUACAUCCAGGUGGAGGAACAACCACACUGCAUCCCCUGCUACGACCGCCUGUACGCCAAAACCUGUCAGGAGUGUAAAGAAAUCAUCGGUCAUAAUGCAAAGGAGCUCUUCUACGAGGACAGACAUUACCACGCGCACUGUUUCCGCUGUUUCCGCUGCGACCGCUCUCUGGCGGACGAGCCCUUCACCAGCCAGUCCGACGCUCUGGUGUGCAGCGACUGCUACUGCAACGAGUACUCCUCCAAGUGUGUGACCUGUGACAAGAUAGUCAAGCCAGGUUCCAGGAUGUUGGAGUACGGCGGCUCCACGUGGCACGAGGACUGUUUUGCGUGUCAUGGCUGUGAGAAGUCGAUCGGUGCUGAGGCCUUCAUACCUGACCAGAACAACUACUAUUGUGUGCCGUGCUAUGAGGGCCGGUUUGCUCCUCAGUGCAGCCACUGCAAGAAGGCUCUGACUAAAGGAGGAGUGACCUACAAGGACGAAGUGUGGCACAAAGAGUGUUUUGUCUGCACGGGCUGCAAAGCUCCACUAGCCGGACAACCUUUCACCUCGCAGGGAGAGAGUCCGUACUGUGUCAAGUGUUUCAGCAGCCUGUAUGCCAAGAAGUGUGCCGGCUGCAACACGGCCAUCACAGGGUUCGGAGAUGGGAAGUACAUUUCUUUUGAGGACCGGCAGUGGCACCAGCCGUGCUUUAAGUGUUCCCGCUGCUCCGUGUCGCUGGUGGGGUCCGGGUUCUUCCCCGACCGUGAUAAGAUCCUGUGUACAGACUGCAACAGCGACGAGUGACCAGCACCCACUACUCACCUGCAUCACCUGCACCUGGCACGGCGAAUAUCAAACACUGCCGACACCAGCGGAGAGAAAACUUCUCAACCUCAGUCUUGCACUUGAACACUGCAAUAGAACAGUCACAGUUUCAAGUUGAUACAAAGCUCAGUAUUAACAACUCAAAACUCUUGUCAGCCGUUAGCACGUUGAAAUGUUUGUAUAAAUUCUGCAGAAACAUCCUGUGUUGUAGAUGUACGACUUUUUUCCCUUUAUUUUAUUUUUUGCACAUCUAAGACUAAAGAAGAUAUGGAAGAUACUUGUAAACCUUUAAGUUAAACUGUUUGUUUAUUCAUUUAACUAUUAUAACUUUUUUUUUUCGUGACUGCUGCAAAGAAAUUUGAAUGUUAAGACCUACGCUUGGCACACAUAUUUAUACUUUUCAAAUAGUAUUCUAACGUGUACAGCUGCCAUCCCUUUUCCUUCUGCUUCCUGCAUCCAAAUGUAUUUCUUUAAAAUGAAAAUUUGAAAAAAAAAAACAUUACAUGCAAUA